AUGACAAAACAAAGCUACUUAGAUAUAGCCAAGGAGAAGAGAGCAGCCAGAGAUUCCAAAUUCAUUAAGGAAUGGCUUCUCAAGGCUGAUCAGCUCCCUGGAACAGGAGUUAAAGACGUGCUAAAUUGGCCGGUUUCUUCAGGGUUUCUCAGUGCCAAAGAGAUUGAGAUAACAGAAAGUGACUUUCCCACUUUAGCGAAACAUAUUAAGUCCAAGACCUGGACAGCCUACGAUGUAACAUCGGCCUUCUGUCACCGUGCAUCGAUUGCUCAUCAACUGGUGAACUGCUUAAGUGAGGUUUUUUUCGAGGAAGGACUAGCAAGAGCAAAGGAAUUGGAUGACAUCUAUGCCAGAACUGGAGAGCUGGUAGGGGCAUUCCAUGGUAUUCCUAUAUCUCUCAAGGAUAAUUUAAACGUGAAGGGACAAGCGACAACCAUUGGGUUUGUUGGCUUCAGCUUCAAUCCGGUUGAAUUUGAAGAAGAUUCGUGUCUUGUGUCUAUGUUAAGAGACAUGGGGGCGGUUUUCUCCUUUAAAACCAACGUACCUGUAGCAAUGAUGAUGCCCGACUCAAUCAACCACAUAUAUGGAGAGACGGUUAGCCCAUUCAACAGAGACUUGAGUAGCGGCGGUAGCUCAGGCGGCGAAUGUGCUCUUGGAGCACUUUUGGGGCGUAUAUACUGUGGUAUAGGCUCUGAUAUUGGUGGCUCGCUAAGAAUUCCUGCGGCUUUGCAGAACCUAUUCACCCUGAGACCUUCUUCCGGCAGGUUUCCAACACUUGGAAGCCGCUCUGGACUUCCAGGCCUGGAAUCUGUAGCUAGUGUCAACGGACCGAUCUCUACAACCUUAUCAAAUUUGGAAUUAUACUGCAAGACGCUGGUCAAUGAAGGCAAACCCUGGUUGCAUGACCCAAAAUGUCUAGAGAUCCCCUGGAGGGAUACUGAGCUCCCCGAAAAAUUGGUCUUUGGUGUUUUGAAGGAUGAUGGCGUGGUAAAGCCAUACCCAGCAAUUUCUAGAGCAAUCGAUACAACUAUAGCGAGCCUGAAGAAGGCUGGCCAUGAAGUGAUCGAGUGGGAACCUUUGAAUCAUGAACGCCUAACGGCCAUAGUUGGGGAGUUCUUUUUGAGUGAUGGUGGUAAACAUUGUAAAGAGUAUGCGGGUUUAACAGGUGAACCUUUCUUUGAAUAUAUGAAAAUGUACGAAACUGCGAAGAAUAUGGGUGUAGCAGAGUUAUGGGAUCUUCAAGUGGAGCGCACAAAGCUCUGUAAAGAAUAUUUAGAAAGGUGGAAUUCUACUGCCUACCAAACCUCAUCUGGAAGAGCCAUUGACGCAAUUAUUAUGCCAGUCAGCCCUUACUCUGGAGUUGAGGUCGGAAAAUUCUGUUACAUUGGCUACACCGCAGUUUUCAAUGCUUUAGAUUGGUCUGCAGGGGUAAUUCCAGUUACAAGGGCAGAUAAGGCCGUCGACGUUCAGGAUAAAUCUUACACACCUCGCAAUGUAAAAGACCAGGCCACUUACGAUUCAUUUGAAGCUGAAAAAAUUAAUGGAGGCGCUGCGGCUGUCCAAAUUGUUUGCAAGAAGCUUCAAGAGGAAAAGUGUGUAGCAAUAAUGAAAGUGGUAGCUAAGUUGUUGGGUACCGACACUUAUUGGAACAAAAGUUUGUGA